AUGCCGAGUACUACUUCGGAGCGCACUAUUGAUGUACUCAAACGCGUAUUUUCGAGAUACGGAUUACCGCAAAUCAUGGUAACUGAUAACGGAAGUCAGUUCACCUCAUCGGAAUUCAAAGAGUUUGUAGACAAGAAUGGUAUUGUACACAAGCGAAGUGCACCAUAUCAUCCUAGCACGAAUGGUCAAGCAGAGCGCUUCGUACAGACAUUGAAACAAGCACUACGCGCUGCAAGAUCCGAUGGAGGAUCACCACAAGCCCAACUUGACAGAUUUUUGCUGGCUUAUCGGAAUGCUAGACAUGCAGUCACAGGUGAAGCACCGGCUGUUCUCUUUAUGAAGAGACAACUUCGUAUACGGUUGGAUAAUUUACGUCCAAAUGUAGAGCGUAGAUAUGCAGACCGAUUGCAUCAGCAAGCACAGUACAGAGAUAAACAUAGUUCAGUAGACAAACUACGCAAGUUUGCAGUAGGAGACUCAGUACUUGUUAGGGACUAUGUAGGAAAACAUAAGUGGGUACCAGGUGUCAUUGUAGAUAGAGAGGGUCCACUAAUGUAUAAGGUACAAGUUCAAUCCGGUAUUUGGAGGAGACAUCAGUUACUUCCAAGACUAGAGAACGAGGUUGAGUUAGAUCAGAAUGAGUCAAGACAAGAUUUUGGUUCAGACAUACCAGUACAAAGUAGGUCAGUUCCUGAAUCAAGUCCAAGUAGGUUAGGAGAAAUAACUAGUUCUCAAGAUUGUCACAUUGAAACGGUCCAGGGUGAUUCAGUUUCGCAAGACUUACCUGUUGUAUCAGAGGAUGUUGUAGUAGAUAGGGAAAAACCUCAAGAACUUAGGAGAUCCCAGAGGAAGAGAAAAGCUCCAGAUAGGCUUAAUCUCUAA